GCAAGUUCUCAGCUUGAUGGAAUCUACAAUUAUUCGAUUGCCGAAUGAAGUAAGAAAAUUGACUUGUUUGCGACUUUUGGAUUUGAGUAGAUGUCAAAGACUUAAAGUGAUUCCGCCAAAUGUCCUAUCAACACUAGCCCAAUUGGAGGAAUUAUACUUGGGGGGAAGCCUUGUGCAAUGGGAGGGUGAAGGGCAUGAUGAAGGAAGCAACAACGCUAACUUGUCUGAAUUGAAGCUUUUGUCAAAAUUGUCCACUCUAGAGAUACAUAUCAUAGAUGCAAAUAUCAUGCCUAAAGAUAUAUUUUCUGAAAAAUUGGAAAGUUUUAGAGUAUUGAUUGGAGAUGGGUGGGAUUGGGCUAAUAAUGAGUAUGAGACCUCACGAUCAUUGAAACUCAAGCUGAAUAGAAGCGCCUUGUUGGAGAGAGUAAAAGGGUUGCUGAUGAAAACCGAAAGUCUAUAUUUGGAUGACUUGAAGGGCGUGAGAAGUGUUCUCUAUGAAUUAGAUGAUCAAGGCUUUCCUGAGUUAAAGCAUCUUCAUGUUCAAAAUAGCCUUGAUAUUCAAUAUAUCAUAGACUGGAUGAAAAUGAACCAUUUCACUGCUUUUCCCAAGUUGAAGUCAUUAUUUCUUCACAAUCUGAAUAAUUUGGAGAAGAUUUAUGGAGGGCCUUAUACAGUGGGAUCUUUUAGCGAUUUGAGAAAAUUAAAGGUAGAAAAUUGCAAUGCAUUGAGGAGUCUCUUCUCAUUUUCUAUGUUUAAUGUCCUUAAGAAGCUAGAAGAAGUGAAUGUGAAUAAUUGCGAAAUUAUACAAGUGAUAGUAGCUAAGGAAGGUGAAGAUGAUGAAGAAUGUGAGUUGACGCAACUACGAUCCUUAACGUUGGAAAAUCUACCCCAAUUUAUAAGCUUUUGUUCCCAAGUGAAGGUGCAUUCUACAUCCCAAAGAGCAGGAAAUCAAGAAAUAGCUACUACGGCCUCCAAUGAAAUUGUAUGUGAAGCUGAUGCGGAUGUUCUGGUGGCACUUUUCAACGACAAGAUUCGAUUUCCUAAUUUGGCAGACAUGACGUUUGUUGGAAUUAAUGUGGAAAUGAUAUGGCCUUGUCAACAUAAAGCAUUGUCUCCGAGUAUUGAAAAAUUAACAACAUUGAUUGUAGAUGGGUGUGGGAAUUUGAACUUUCUAUUCACAUCUUCUAUUGUUGGAAGUCUUGCACAUCUUAAAGUGCUUGAGAUAUGUGACUGCAAAUCUAUGGAAGAAGUAAUACUUGCAGCGGGAGAAGGAGAAACGAUGAGCAAAAUAUUAUUACCUAAAUUAGACUCUCUAAAGCUCAAAGGUCUUCCCAAGCUUGUAAGGUUCUGCAGAGCUAAGUUAAUUGAAUGUCCCUCCUUGAAAGUGUUGAAGAUGGGGAAUUGUCCUCGUUUGCAAUCAUUUGUCUCCACACAAGUGAACAUAGCUCUCUUUGAUGAAAAGGUUUGGUUUCCUGAAUUGGAGAAAUUGCAUGUUGAGGACAUGCAUAUGUUGAAGAUGAUAUGGUGUGAUGAAGUCCUAACAGAUUCCUUUGGUAGAUUAAAAGUGCUAAAUGUGCUAAAUGGAAAACAGCUACUGGAAAUCUUUCCGUCUAAAUUGUUGGAAAAGUUCUUGGUAAAUCUAGAAUCAUUAUACGACAUUGUGAUUCAGUGAAAGAGGUGUUUGAUCUCCAAGCAAUAAUAAAAGAAAGAGAAGCACAUGUUGUAAGGCAUAGUCAAUUGAGAACUUUGGAGGUUAAGAAUCUUCCGAAUUUAAUUCAAUUAUGGAAUAGGGAUCCUCAUGACAUUCUCUCCUUUUAUAA